AUGGUAUGGUCUUUAAUCAAGGCUUCAAAAAUUGUUAAGCAGGAAUUCAACAAUGACUCUUCUUACGCUGAUGAUGGUAAAUUAACAACUGAACUUAGUGAAGAUAGCGUAUUUCCAUAUCUACUUGUCAAUAUUGGUUCAGGUGUUAGUAUGAUUGAGGUGAUUGGGAAAGGGAAGUUUGAGCGCAUCAUUGGAACACACAUUGGUGGUGGUACUAUCCUUGGUUUAGCUAGGCUCUUGACAGGGUGUACAAGUUAUGAUGAUUUUUUAGACUUAAGCCAAAGAGGUGAUAACUUGACUGUUGACCUGACUGUUGGUGAUAUCUAUGGUGAGCAUGGUUAUCCUAAGAUAGGUCUUCCCGCAACAACAACGGCAUCUAGUUUUGGGAAAGUAACUUCUAAUAAGCUCUCUGAUUACAGAGCUGAGGACUUUGCUGCUGCUCUCUUGAAUGCUUUUACAUAUAAUAUUGGACAAAUUUCUUACUUUGUUGCAAAACUCUCUGGGCUGAAAAGGAUCUUCUUUCGAGGAGCUUACAUUUGCGGUCAUGCCAAGACAAUGGACAAGAUUUCUCGUGCAUUAAAAUAUUGGUCUAAAGGUGAAGUGCAAACAACAUUCUUAUGCCAUGAAGGAUUCAUGGGCACUCUGGGUGCAUUUUGGAGCUAUGAAAAUAUGGGAAUUCAUGACUUGGCAGCCAAUGAUUUCAUAAAAGAAGUAUUGCUAUCCGCCCCUUAUAUGAUAGGGAAAGCUCAGGUUUCACCCACAAUGAACUUAAACAUGGUUUUUAAUUAA